AUGUGUUCCCGCAUGGCCGGCGGUGCCCCGCCGGAGCCCGCGGUGAUCCGGAGCUCGCUCCUGGGGGCGGCCGGCUCCGCGGGGCCUCCGGGCGAGCUCGAGCCGAUGAUGGUGCAGAUGCCCAUGAAGAUCCCGAUCCGGGUGCCAACGAAACCGCACUGCGGGCGUGAAGGCGCGCAGCCGCUGGAGUGGUCAGACGAGGACCAGCCGACGACGGGGGGGACGCUGACGCCGGACUCGUGCCGCCGGUCUGCCAACGGGCAGUCGACGCCGCCGGACACCAGCGAGUGCUUCUCGGCGUGCGGCGGGAAGGCGGCGUACCUCGCCCCGUCGGCCGCGCCCACGUCCCUGCCGCCGGGCCUGGGGCAGUCGCAGUACGGCUUCGGCACGCCGUUCGACGUCGACCCGUUCGAGGCGAGCGGAUCCGUCAUCGACCGCGCACUGGUGAUGCAGGGCAUCGACCCACGCUACACCGCCGAAUCGCUCCAGGAGGAGAUCUACCACAGCGGCUUCUGCUGCAGGCGCGACAUCCUGUUCUUCCACCUGCCGUGCGACGCCGCGGGUGCCAACGCGGGCCGGUGCUUCCUCGCCUUCGACGCGGUCUCCACGAGGAACCAGUUCAUCGCUGCGUGGGAGGGCAAGAGGCUGCCGCUUGCCCGGGGGGCGGACGCCGUCAGCUUCGCGACCCUCACCACCAAGGACGUGCUGAACUUGUUCACUGACAGCAAGGCGGCGAUCUCGGAGGAGCCGCUCGAGGCCCCAGCGGCGCGGGCCGUCUCGGAGCAGGUGUCGAAGUUCUGCACACGGUGCGGCACCCGCGUGAGCGCCGGGGACCGGUUCUGCGCGGCGUGCGGUGCCCCGGUGAGGAGGCAGUGA